UUGAGGAGGAUAAGCAGGGGGACAUAGGACAUAUGGCAUGAGAAGGCUGGGCUGCCUUGGCCUACAAACCUUCUCUACCAAUGUGUACAGUAGGCCUAGGCCUACUAGCUACACCAAUACAAAAUCAUCCAGUAACAAUAAUGAAUGUUAAGCUAGUUCGCAGGACGUUUGUGGAAUCUACGAGAUGGGUUUAUCAGUGAGCAUUUAUUUAAAAUACAACAUGCCCCGAAAAUGACUGCUGUUUCUUCUUCCAGUGAAAGGCAUUCGGCAGCGACAAAAUUAAGUAAAAUUACACAUUUGGUUGGUAACGUUACAGCUAUUUUAAUAUUGUAGUGUUUACAGGGCCUAAAUGAAAUACAUUCAUUGCACUUUGGUUGAUUCAUCUUCCUCUGAAUUUCGCAAUGUUGUAAAAUGAACACGGCCAAGGAAAGACCGCGCGGGGAUAAGACAGUGGACUGUGCGUGUGACAUCACACAGAUCCUUCGCUAGCCUCUCUCGGCAUAGCUCCGGUUUGUGUGUUGGGGGGAUGGUGCCGUGCCGAGGAUGAUAAAGCUCUCGUGGUGUUGUAAUUUACUGCUUGGCUAAAACCUUCCACUUCCUAACCGAGCCGCCCACACUGUUUUAUAUAUAUAGUACCCAUUUACGUAUGUAUUUUGGCGACGUUUGAGUAAAGUGGAGUACCCGUACGUACGACCACAGAGUGCACGCUGAACAAACGAUAAAAUGUAUUCCAGUGGAGCAGCUGGAGCUGCUGAGAUGCUUGAACCACCUCACUCCUCGGGGUCAAUUGGCUCUGACCCCUCUGAUCCAGAUCCCCCGUCUCCUCCAGUGCCAGAGUAUGUGUUCAAACCCCCCUCACGGCCAGACUUUGGCACCAUGGGCAGGACAAUCAAACUGCAGGCCAACUUCUUUGAGAUGGAGAUCCCCAAACUGGAGGUCUACCACUACGACAUCGACAUCAAGCCAGAGAAAUGCCCCAGAAGGGUCAACCGUGAAAUUGUGGAGCACAUGGUACAGCACUUUAAAACGCAGAUCUUUGGGGAUCGAAAGCCAGUGUAUGACGGGAGGAAGAAUCUCUACACAGCCAUGCCCUUACCCAUAGGGAGGGAAAAAGUGGAGCUGGAAGUGACCAUCCCAGGCGAAGGGAAGGACAGGAGCUUCAAAGUGGCCAUAAAGUGGGUGUCCUGCGUCAGUUUGCAAGCUCUUCAAGAAGCCCUGUCUGGACGACUGCCAAACAUCCCCUUCGAGACCAUCCAGGCCCUGGACGUGGUCAUGAGACAUUUGCCCUCUAUGAGGUACACCCCCGUCGGACGUUCUUUCUUCACCCCUUCAGAGGGAUGCUCUAACCCCCUGGGCGGGGGCAGGGAGGUCUGGUUUGGGUUCCACCAAUCAGUCAGGCCUUCCCUGUGGAAGAUGAUGCUAAACAUUGACGUGUCUGCCACCGCGUUCUACAAGGCUCAGCCUGUGAUUGAGUUCAUGUGUGAGGUUUUGGAUUUCAAAAGCAUUGAAGAACAACAGAAACCCUUAACCGACUCCCAGAGAGUAAAGUUUACCAAGGAAAUCAAAGGUAAUCAUUCAUUACCAGGUCUGAAGGUUGAGAUCACUCACUGUGGUCAGAUGAAAAGGAAGUACAGAGUAUGUAAUGUUACCAGAAGACCAGCCAGCCACCAGACGUUUCCUCUGCAGCAGGAGAAUGGCCAGACCAUAGAAUGCACAGUAGCACAGUACUUCAAAGACAAGUACAAACUCAUACUGCGCUACCCCCACCUCCCCUGUCUACAGGUUGGACAGGAGCAGAAACACACCUACCUCCCCCUUGAGGUAUGCAACAUAGUAGCUGGCCAGCGGUGCAUCAAGAAGCUGACAGACAAUCAGACGUCCACUAUGAUCCGUGCCACAGCCCGAUCGGCACCUGACCGCCAGGAAGAGAUCAGCAAACUGAUGAGAAGUGCCAACUUUAACAAUGAUCCUUACGUGCGUGAGUUUGGGGUGAUGGUGAGGGAUGAGAUGACCGAGGUGAACGGCCGAGUCCUCCAGGCCCCAUCUAUCCUCUAUGGAGGGCGGCAGAAUAAAGCAAUAGCAACUCCCAUCCAGGGAGUGUGGGACAUGAGGAACAAGCAGUUCCACACUGGCAUAGAGAUCAAGGUGUGGGCCAUCGCCUGCUUCGCCCCACAGAGACAGUGUACUGAACUCCUGCUCAAGGCGUUUACAGACCAGCUUCGUAAGAUUUCUCGUGACGCGGGGAUGCCCAUCCAGGGCCAACCCUGUUUCUGUAAGUACGCCCAGGGGGCGGACAGCGUGGAGCCCAUGUUCAAACAUCUCAAGUACACCUAUCAAGGCUUGCAACUGGUGGUGGUCAUCCUGCCUGGGAAAACGCCCGUCUAUGCUGAGGUGAAGCGUGUUGGUGACACGGUGCUGGGCAUGGCCACCCAGUGUGUCCAGGUGAAGAACGUUCAGAAGACCACUCCCCAGACCCUCUCUAACCUCUGCCUGAAGAUCAACGUCAAGCUGGGCGGGGUCAACAACAUCCUCCUCCCACAGGGCAGGCCCCUGGUGUUCCAGCAGCCAGUCAUCUUCCUGGGUGCUGACGUCACGCACCCUCCUGCUGGAGAUGGGAAGAAACCCUCCAUCGCGGCAGUGGUGGGGAGCAUGGAUGCCCACCCCAGCCGCUACUGUGCCACGGUGCGGGUGCAGCAGCAUCGCCAGGACAUCAUCCAGGACCUGGCCACAAUGGUCAGAGAGCUGCUCAUCCAGUUCUACAAGUCCACCCGCUUCAAGCCCACCCGGAUCAUCUACUACCGCGACGGCAUAUCUGAGGGCCAGUUCAACCAGGUUAGACUUGAGGUGCUCCAACAUGAGUUACUGGCGAUUCGUGAGGCCUGCAUCAAACUGGAGAAAGACUACCAGCCCGGUAUCACCUUCGUGGUGGUGCAGAAGAGACACCACACUCGACUGUUCUGCAUGGACAGAAACGAGAGGGUUGGUAAGAGUGGCAACAUCCCUGCCGGCACCACAGUGGACACCAAAAUCACUCACCCAUCGGAGUUUGACUUCUAUCUGUGUAGCCAUGCUGGCAUUCAGGGGACCAGCCGGCCAUCCCACUACCACGUUCUGUGGGACGACAACCAUUUCACCUCAGACGAGCUGCAGGUGCUCACCUACCAGCUGUGCCACACCUACGUGCGCUGCACCCGCUCCGUUUCCAUCCCAGCACCGGCCUACUACGCCCACCUGGUGGCAUUCCGUGCCCGCUACCACCUGGUGGACAAGGAGCACGACAGUGCGGAGGGCAGUCACACGUCGGGACAGAGCAACGGGCGUGACCAGCAGGCCUUGGCCAAGGCAGUUCAGAUUCACCAGGACACACUGCGCACAAUGUACUUCGCCUGAAGCGCCAAGCCUGGGCACCGGGGUCGGCAGGGGUGAGACAGACCCCACAGGGAAGAAGCCUUCACUCCUCCCACCUAACCGCCUUACUGUGUCAGGUGUGGGCAUCAGUGGGUUCGUGCUGUCUAUCGUCUCUCCUCACCAGUAAGGGGGAAUGAUAAGUGUCAUCCCAAACAAAUUGGAAUGGUUUCUUUUCCAAAAUGUCCACAAGUGUUUUCAAACCCACACAUGCAAAACCACUUUCUUCCCCUCUCCCUGGCCUAACCCUGGUCAUUACUUGGCAGUAAUAUGUCCAAUUAUUCCUCAGAAAUCAGUUGUGGUGGGGUGAACUCAUUUAUUUGACAUGUUGUACAUUUUGUUUGUAUUUGUAAAUUAGUAGUUUACAGAGUUUGAGCAAAGGAAAAACUUUUAUUAGGAAAUACUUCUAUCAAAAACUAGAGGGCAGUAUCCUCACACUUUGAUUGUUUAGAAUCUAGACACAAGGUCACACUAAACCGUUUUCUCCAUAGUUUUUUUUUAUAGGGUGAAAGGGAGGUGGGCAUAUCGAAGAUAAGGGCCUGAUGGAAGGUUUAUAAUCAUUCUUUCUCUUCACAACUUUAUUAUUUAUCAGCCAAUCAAAGCAAAGUGCACUGACCAGAUGGAUACUUUGACCAGGACACAAGUACUUAACAUGUUGUCUUUUCAUUUGUAUGUACAGCUAUGAAUUGAACAGGCCUGUGUACAGUACCAGCCGCAGAGUAUUUGUCCGUCAACACUGGUAACCAACACACGUUUUUAUGCUGCAUCUGAUGACAGCAAGCAUUAGAUUUUCAUUUGACGUUGAACCUGUUCACACUUAUUUUUAAUCAAGACCUAUACAGAUUAAUAAUAUGAAAUCUAAACUGUCGGCAAUUGUUGCUCUCUUGCCUUUUUUACUUGGACUGAGUCGUUUUGUCAAUCUAUGGUCAGUGUUGCAAGAGAAACUUACAAAUAGAAUGGGACUGGUUCCCAACAGACACCUUUUUAUGUUCUCUGAGCCUUGUUACAUGUUAAGACAUCUACAUUAGGGGGGAGGUCAAGUCUCUUCAAAUUACAUUUUUGUAUCCCCUUAUUUUCAUGUUGUCUUUAUAAAAAAAUGUAUUAAAAAAAAAACGAAUGUGUGUAGAUGACUCACACAUUCGAUUUAGGCAAUUGGAUAUGUUAACCCUAUCUGUAGUUUUGAUCUUUUUAAAAUGGUUUCAAUCAUGGUUUCCUCCCUGCUGGGGGGUAAGUCGUGUUGCUGGCUUCUUGUAGUACAGGCGUUGGUGUAUGAAUCGGUACAGUAGAGUGAGCCUAUGCUCCAAGUGUCACACAGCUUAGGGACUGAAGAAUGGGGUGGGGUUCUAUUGGGCGGAAAAGGAUUCCGGAGACGGAUAUGUUCUCUUCGUUACUGCUCAGCAAAAAAGGGGGGCAAUUAUUCGUAGUCAAGCAAAGUUUUUGUUUUUUAAUUGUGGUUCUUUGUAGCAUAGCCUUGAGGGACAUAAGGUAUAUUUUGAAUAAGCUUUUAGAAGAGGUUGUUAAAAUUAUAAUAGAAGCAUUUUUUUAAUGGCCCAUAUGUAGUUGAAUUAAAUUAAGUCAAAUUGGCUUUAUUUGUAUACGUAGAACUUUCAUGCAAAAAAAAUGUAAUGCCUUCCAAAACUGAAAUUAUACUAAUCUUUAGUAUAUUUAUUUUUAUUCCCUUUUCUGUUCUCCUGAAUAAUUCGAUUUUAGCAGGGAAUUCUUUAUGUAGCCUAGAUGGGCUGGCUUUUAUCCCUCUCUUUUCUAACUAUGCAUUGUUUUUAACCAAGAGAUUUUUAGCAGUGAUGUUUCUCAAAUAUGAAUUUAGGGAAUUUGUAGAGUAGUAGUAACUUUUUUUUCAAAUUUAUUUAUUUUUUGCUUGGUGCAUUUAAUAGCGUUUGUAGUGCUUCUUCCCUAUACCUUUGUAAUGGUAUGGGGGAUUGUAUUUCAUUUGUAUUGUAUGUUUGCUAGCACAAAUUCGGUAUAUACUUUGUUUUACAAUCUCUCUUCUUAGCCAAACAAGAUUACACAUUUUGUACAUUGACGCACAAAAGGACAGCUUAAUUACAGGUGCUAGACGUUUUUUCUCCUUCACUGUAAUGUCACCUUAAAUCCACGAUGGACUUCACUUGCCGUACGUAUGGUAAUAGAUUAAGCAUUUUUUAACAACUUUUUUUUCUUUCUCCCUUAACGAUAUACUUUACUUUCAUUUCUAAUUCCCUGUAAAGUAAACCCGAAAUCUGACUGACUGGGCAUUCUUAGAAAUCAAGUACUUGAUAUUUACUGUUAUGUCAAUAUUAUUAUUUGGUGCUGGUCUUGUGACUUGUAAAUUUGGAUGCACUUUUCAUAGAAGUGAACUUGGUAUGAAUUCCAUUGAUUGGUCGAUCCAAGCAGGAAAGUCGAACGUACAUUAUGAGUCUGGUGCAGUUGUGUUGAAAUGGCUGUGUGUUCUACCUCUUGUUACCUGUUCAAGUGUUAUGGUAACGUCACACUGCUGGUCAUUUCUUCAUAAUUACACAGGAUAUUAUAUCUGGUAGGCAUCAUUUGAAUCUUACAUUGUCACGAAAUGGAAUGAUUUUGAACGUUUGUCAUGUGACAGUCGGUGAACCUGUGUUCUGUAAUCAGUUCUUGUGCACGAUCCUAAAGCUUUUUUUCCCUAAGUGGUUAGAGAGCUACAUGAUCUUUAGUGUUGAGCUGAAAUUAUGUUGGUCCAACCAAGCUUUUGACUUGUCCUUUUUUUUCCUACGCGCCCAUGGAACAGCAUUCAUUUAGCACCUUUUUAUUUGUGGUAAAAUGUUUUAAACCAACCAAUGCAAAACAUACAAAAAUAUAUCACAAUAACUUCAUUGCAUAUCCUUGGAGAUGGAUGGUAUGUUACCAAACUGACUGCUGUGAAACAUGUUGGUAAAGCCAAGGCUAAUAACAAUUAUAGCUGCUCACCCACAAUUUGACGAUUACUAUUGUAGCCUAUGUCAUCUGUCUUAAACUAUUAGCUUGAUACUGAAUAUGCAACACGUACUGCUGUACUCCCAUAGAUACACAUGGGGUACAUGGAAAGGCAUCUCCCAUGUUGCUUUAAUUGGGUUCAUUGAAUGUAGCUAUUCAAUGAAAUAUUGACAUUUUUGUUUUGGAACUCAUCGUCUAAGCUCUGCCUCACAUUUAUUCAGGUUAUUGUUUGCUACAGUCAAUCGUACAGAGGGCAGAAACAUGUUGUAGUCAAGUGGACUUGAUGUUAUUGCUAAAACUUGAGUUGAUGUUUUUUGCUAUGGAAACUAUGAUACAAGAUGUGUGCUUGUCCAUUGAAAUGUGAAUAUUUCCCUUUCAAUGUGGAUAAUGCUCAAUGUUUCAUACUACCAUUUUUCAUCAGUUUUCCCAACCUGAAGUCUGCCCCACCCUUUGUUCAUCCUAAACUUGUUUCUUGGGAGAUGUGGUCUUGUUUUUACUGCUUAUAUGUGUUUUAAGUUACCUAUUUAUACACAGCACCUUAGAUUAUAUCGGACCUGUACAGCAUUGCUUUUCCUGAAAAUAUCCAAAACAUUUAAUAAUGUUCUUUUUUGCACUACAAUAAAAAAUACUUUUGGAGCUGUUGUCUAGUUGAGUCACUAGUGUUGUCUCAGACGGAAUGAGAGAUCAGAUCAGCUGGUUUGAUUCAUCAUGAUGCUUACAUUUGUUUAAUAUUAGGCUAGUUUGUCUGGUGAGACCAUUAACUCAUUGCAUUGACAACUGGUCCCAGAUAAACACAUGUGCACUUCGAAGUCAGACAUUCAGAUGGUUACACCUAGGCCUAUUUGUUGAGAGGGAUUCUCCCAGCCAACCAGCAUACAGUGGGUGAUUCACUGAAAAUAAUGCCUUUUAACGUAUUUGUCAGAUAAAUAACUGCCACUGGGUUGUGAUUGAAACUCCUCCCAGAAGAGGAUGCUAUUCAUGCAUUUAUUUGUUUUGCGCUUUUGUUUCUAUGGCCAUGAAAAAGCUUGAAGGUUGUGAGUGAGACAACAGCAUAUGCAAAGUAACAAAGAUGAAACUGACAUCUUCCCAUGUAUUAGGAUACUGGGUGGACGUCUGAUAGUUGUGAACAUUCUGAUUUGUAUAUUGUACUGGUUGUGUAAAUGUGUAGCUAUAGUCUGAUGCCAAAGUUUGUGUGUGGAAAGUGUUCUGCAAGUUGGUUGUUAGAUAUGUAUUACUUGCGUUUAUGGUCGCCAGAAAUACGACUUCCAUAGAGAAAUCACAUGCAUCAACGAAUGCGGCAGAACUAGUGUGAUAUCAGUAUGUAGGAGUUAUCUGCAAACGUUAAUCUUUUUUUGUCAACAUACAUGUAACUGCCAAAAUAAUGGUAACAUUUCAGGGUUUUUUUCUGGGUCAAAAUGAGGCUUGGGUGGUUGCGUGGCAACCGGAAAUGUUAGAGGCCCUCCUGUUGGCCGCAGUGACAAAAUGUUGCUGUUUUAGGCACAUUUUCUGCAUUUCUACACAUUUUGCCAUGGCUUAUGCUAUCCGAGUGACUCAAACAUAACAAAAUCAAUGGGGGCCUCAUGCCAUGACAAAUACUCCUGAAAGCAUCAUUUUGGGGAUCUUAGAUUCUCCUUGACUGUAGCUUUUUAUUUUGGUGAUUGAGAACCAACAAAGAAAUUAUAUAUAUAUAUAUAAAAAAAAAGUGUGUAUGAGAUACCUAGUCAGUUGUACAACUGAAAUUUAUCUUCUGCAUUUAUCCCAACCCCUAGGUCUGUUUUCUGCAUACUUUAUCUGGUUUUAGUCAGUUUGUUUACACUGAACUUUUUCUUUUUACUGUUUGGACAUAGGCAGCCUGAAAAAAAAAAACUUCUAUGCAGAAGAGAACUCUCCACUUGAGUAAAUGAGGGAUACAAGGUAUAGUGAAAGCAGCUGCUUCCACAUGGGUGUGGUUCCUGAGUAAAAUCAGCAAUUAACAUCCCAUCAUGCUUAGGGUCAUAUAUAAAGAUUCUGGGAAGGCCAUUAUUUUGCCUACCAAGGCUAUGCCUCCAUAUGAUGACAUUGCCUCGAUCCACAGGGCAUGAAUGGUUUGAUGAAAAUGAUGUAAACCAUAUGCCAUGGCUGUCUGUCACCAGAUCUCAACCCAAUUGAACACUUAUGGGAGAUUCUGAGACGGUCCCUGAGACAGCGUUUUCCAACACCAAAUGGUGGAAUUUCUCAUUUGAAGAAUGGCGUCACAUCCUUCCGAUAGAGGUCCAGACACUUGUAGAAUCUAUGCCAAGGUGCAUUGAAGCUGUGCUGGCCCAACGCCCUAUUAAGACGCUACGUUGGUGUUUUCUUUAUUUUGGCCGUUCCCUGUAGUUAUAUAGCUAUUUACAGUCUUUUUGAGCCAAAUCAGGAAUGUACACAAGUGAGAUAUGAUUGCCAUAGGGAACUCAAUAGUUCAUGGGUAUGUUUAUGUGUGGUGUUGUACCAAGAAGUACACUAGUGGCUAGAUUGAGAUGGAGUGAACAUAACAAUGGCAAGCCCAAGUAAAUAAUGAUGCAAAAUAACAUUUUAAAUUGUGCACCUACCAUCUCCGGUUCUUAAUUAUUACCUGAAAUCCCAAGAUGCAUAUUGACCUCCGCCUAGCGCUUUUCUGGGGAAAAGACCACAUUUACAUGCACACAGUAUUCAUAUCCUGCUUAAGGUCUUAUUCGGGAUAAGCUGUUUACAUGCACCUUUUGAUAUCCCGCUCACGAGUAUCGGAAUAUUCCUUAUUUUAAGUUCAUAGAGGUUAAAUGGAAUAGUAAGUGGAAUAUGGACACUGACUGUAGGCCUAUAACCUCUCGCAUGUAGAGUAAUAUAGUAACUCCAGCAGAAUGAUGCAUUUAUUGCAGUAAAAUUAUAGAACAAAUGUUAAUUUUGUCUCGGGAACAGGAGUGAAGAAAUUUGAUUUCUUUCAGCAUCUCUUGACAAAAAUGUGACUGCACGUGUAAUGUGUUAUCUUUGACACUGUACUGCAAGCAGACAGUAUUUGCACCACAUAUGUACCCAAGACUAACAAGUCUUAUCAGAAACGUGUUUAAAUGUUUUCUCAGCUUUUCAUUUCCUUAAAACCGGUCAAUCUUAUGACAUUGGUCCUGUGCAAAAUGUACAAAUCUUUCCACCUUUUUGAAGUGAUUGCGUUUUUUCUCCCAGGUCCCUGAACUAAAUGGACAACUUUACCGGUGUUAACUAGAUUACUAAUGCAUUAAUUCUAUCAAUGUAAGACAUUUCGGGUUAUUGUAAACGGGAUAUGUUUGUCAACUCAAACUGAAUACUUGAGUAUCCCGAAUAAUAACGGAAUAUUGGUGUGCAUGUAAACGUGGUCACUGACUAACAAGUAUGUUGAUGCGUUUUCUAGAAUUAAGACAUAUCACGUCAAUAGAUCAUUGGAACUGACCAGUACAUUCUGACCAUACAUUCUAGUCCCAGGCCCUUGCAGAAAGAGGCGCUCUCAUUUAUAAGGCUGGGACAACGAGUCCUAUUGGACUGUCUUUGAUUAUAAUACAAUGUUGAGAUCAAUAUUUUUGAUAAAAAUCAAUGUUGAGCAUUUGCCACCUGAUUUGUACUGUCAGUAUGAGUAUUUGAGGAACACAGAUAUUGAUAACUAAAGGUUGUGAAUAAUAAUUGAUAUUUUGGUAUUUUGUCUCAGCCUAAUACAUAAAGAUAAACGUUGGAUCUCUUCUCAUUUUAUCAUGCUUAUUUGAGUUGUGUGUGUGUGUGUCGAUGACAUUUUCAAAGGUAUUUGAGAUGGUUUAGUUUCUUCAUUGCUUAGCUUUACCCCAUAUUCGUUUUUGCUUGAGAUUGUAUAGCUUUGUUUUGGGCUGAGUGUAGUACUAUGGAUCCAUUACUUUUCUGUCUUAUCCAAAUACAGUAAUGGCUCCUGCAUCAGAGGUGAUGCAGACGAUGUAAAUGACAACAGAUGCAUGUAUCUGUUUGCGCUAUUGUAUACUAUGGGCAAACGAAACCUUUACAAAAUAUAAAAUCAGACUUGUAUAUACAGAAAGGCCUAUCCCCUUUGCCUUUUCCUGUCUUCUCUUGAAGGUCUACAGUUGAAAUACCAUCCCGGUUUAGUAGAGUAGAACUUAUUUUCUUAACUGAAAGGUUACAAUUUAUGUACUUAAAGCCAGUGUGUGUCAUUAAGAAAUGUAUCCACCUGUAAUAUGGUUGUAUAAAAUAAUUGUUAUGCAUGCUCAUUAACUUCAAUCCACAAACCUUAAACCGAUUGGCUCCUGAAAGUGGGAUGUAGUCAAGUCAGUCUUUGUUUUCCUAAGUUACUUAUCCUUAGCAUAGGCUAACGCCACAUAUUGUCAAAUCAUUCAUUCCACUUCAGUCAUCAUUUAUUACUCAGAUUCAAUAUCAUACUGUACAUCUUAUCGCUGGUCAUCAGAAUGCAAAAGUUUUCUUUCUCAUUUAAUAAUAUCUUUGAACUUAGUUCACUUUCGGAUAUAUCAUGGGAACAUUUAGAGUUCUAUAAAACGCUAACGUUUUGGCUACAUAAAGUAUCACACAGGUGCAGUCGUCGUGUUUUUUUUCUUCUUUGUUUCUCGUGAGGUGCUGUAAUAUUAGUGAUUUUGGCUUCUGCUUGUCUUAGUUUUGUAAUUCCACUACAGUACACACUAGAUUAGGGGUAUUCAACUCUCCUACAAGGUCUGGAGCCUGUUGGUUUUCUGUUCUACCUGAUAAUUAAUUGCACACACCUGGUGUCCCAAGUCUAAAUCAGUCCCUGAUUAGAGGGAAUCAAGGUCCAGAGUGAAUUUGAGGCAGCACUAGAGACUAAUGCUGCCUCAACCAACAUUUAUUUAUUUUUUCUUGGAAUUUGUCAAAGUUCUUAUGACACAGAUGACCUCUGACAUGAUGCUUCAUGAGCAGCUGUUAGUGGUCUACAGAAUGUUCUCUUGAAGUCAUAGAUGCAAAAGUUGACGAGUUGGCUUUUCAUUUUUGCUGGAAAUAUAGUUUUGUUUUUAGGAUUAGAUAGAUGUAUUUUCUUUCCACAACCUCUGUGCGACGGCUUCAGCAUGCCCAGCUAGAAAAGUCUCAGUCCUCUCUCCCCAUUGAGUAGGUGGCACUGUUGUUUUUAUUGAGUAUUCUUUGGUUGAGCUGUUUCCAAGCCCCAGCCCACGAUUGUCAUACUACCCUUGACCCCCUAUAACCCACAGCGAUGCUGUCUUGAGAGAUCCUAUAUAAAAAGAGAAUGGAGAACCUUCAUAGAGCUUCACCAAACGAAUGCCAUAUAGCGGAAUUUCGUGCAUAUAACAUGCAAGACUGACAUGGGUAUUUUUGUAUCCUUCUAAAAGCUUAGAGGGCUUCAGAGUGACUUGGCUUUUUAUAUACCAGCUAAAGCCCUGUUUCCAUUGGCACUUUGAAGUCAGCCUGGGGUGGGCUGACAUUGGUGGGCUAGCUCGAAUUGAGUUUCCUGUGCCUCCAGAAAUGAUAAAUUAUGUAAUGUUGCUAGGUAGCCAAUGUAUAGCUGGCUUUGCUAAUAUUGCUAGCUAGCUAUCACGAUGUUGAAGAGUUCAAUUCACCCUCACCAUGCUGUAACUAACAUUACCCUAUACCGUUGCCAGUGCCAGCCAGACUCAGCUAACUUUAGCAAGCUAAAUACAUGACUAACUAUCUAAACAGUUAACGUCAUCGCUAGCAUAACAGGCUAGCUAGCGUAAUCCCUACCUUGCUUGCCAUGGCAUUGGCUAUUAGCUAGCUAGCUAACCAAGCAAACCAGAUGACAGGAUUGAUAUGAUGCAGCUAGCUUUCGAUACGACCUGGCCAGCAAAAAUCCCUGCUAGCUUGUUUCAACUCUUGAGUUGCAAGCUAAAGUUAGGUAGCCAGCAUUCGAGGGCUGACUGUUCUCAAAAGUAUUUUGUAGUGCAAAAAUAAAGGAUACAGCAAUGGUGGUAAUUUGUGUAAUGUCUGACUACUGCAGUACUGCUUGUCCAUGUGCUAGCUAACAGCAACAAGCCCAUACAAGCUAGCUAAACGUGGUGUCAGCGUUCUAGUCGAGCUGGCACCAGUUGUGAAACUGCGCUGGCCCAGGUUUUCCUCGACCCCCGCUUGAAUUUGAGAAUUCCAUUUGAGCUCGAAUGUGGCCCUAAUUUGAAGUGCCAGUGGAAACAGGGCUUUAGUAAACUACCUCAGAACGGUCUCGGGUGCUAGCGUUGUAUAUCCCUAAUUUAUGACGAAAACAAAGAGAAUUUAUACUGACCAAACAACACAAGUCAAUACUGUGUAUUAUAUAGACGUUAUUAUUUUACAUUAAAAAACGAAACAUUUACGGAUGAACUUUGUUUUAGUAUGUGAAGUUCAAGGGACCAAAUUUUGUAAUUGGAGUAAGUCUCAAUGUUCUUACAUGCAUGUGAGUCCUCCCUUUUUUUAAAUGUAGUGAUAACACAAACAACCAAUGAACACUAACAAAAUGAGUUCGGAUUCGUUCAUGUGGCAAUAUAAGCUGUAGUCAUGACUGAAUGAUAUAUUGGCGUGCCAAUGGAAUGGCUUUUUAGAUCGACGAUUAAUCGACAUUCCUGCAAUAGGUUUUUGGUAGUAUUAAAUUGAAAUAGUGGGCUGCAGAUGGCGAGAAAGAGGCUUGUCAAUGGGAUGUUGUAUGCAGAGCAAUAACUACUGAAGUCCAAACGAGGGUUGUGAUUUGCUUGACUAGGUUUAUUAGGGGGCCUAGUCAAGGUGUAUGGCACGUCUCACCUAGUGAGCUACAUGAACCUUGGCUUGUGGUCUAGAGUGUGGCAUCUUUCAUUCAGCGUUUAAGAGAUUGCAAGUGGAUGUCUGAUAAAUGGAAUAUACUUAACAAACCUACACUACCAAACAUAAAUGGUCCACAGUUAAAGAUGUCUGACAUGAUCUGCAUCUCUAAGUGAUUUUAUCCACUAUCGCAAUAACCCAGAAAAAUAAACUAUUAAGCUACAAAUUAUCAACAUUUGGUAAUGUUUUUGAUGAAGAUAAUGUAUUUUUGCUUGCUACAUUUUACAAAGGGAAUCAAAAUUUGAACUAUACUUUGAUCAAUGUAUUGUACAUUGUGACAUUAUAUAUAUAUAUACACACACACUGAUGUAGCCUGCUGGGAUAUUUCAGUCACUCAAGAAAAUCUGAGCUCAACGGAAAGGUACAAAUAAAGGCUGUAUGGAAAUGUAAUUCAAAUUCUUCUGUCAUUAUGGUCAUCUGAGCAAAAACCAUCCUGUUUUUGUUAUCGUUUUGUGUGCCUUUUUUAGAGCUCUUUUCCACCUCAUAUGGGUUGCUUACACAUUUUGAUUCAGAGCCACAAAAUACUUUCUACAUGAAUUAUCAUGCAACCUUGAGUGAACAUGCUGCAUAGAACGAUCAGUAUUUGUGUUUUGCACUUUCAAGGCAGCUUAAGGCUGGGCAGACAGAAAAUAAAUAAAGGUAUUUUAUGCCAUCAAUAGGAAUUAUAAGGAAUAAUAUGACUUGGAAGAUCUUUAAAAAAAAAAAAUACAAAUAAAGGAAAGAUAUAUAUUCAUGAAGUACCUCAUAAGCCUGAUAAAUGCUGCAUUGACUUCUCAUUUAAUCUUUUUCUAUUGUCCAAUAAAAUGUCAAUAUCCCCCCUCUGGGAGGUUUGAUUGUCACACAAGGCUGUGCAUAUGCCAUGCAAAACCUGCUUUCUGACUCAAUAGGUCUUGUAGGAUGUUCUGCAUGUUCACUGUCAGAAGUGAAAGGGUAUUUUCUGAACCUGACGCCAAAAGAAAAUGUUGUGAUUUGUGUGUCUUGAAUGCAAUUGUUAACAAAACAUUUGAUCAUCUGAAUAGUUGCAUCCACACAUAGUUACCACGUUUUGCUUUUGUUAGGAUGCUGUGAGUGUCCAUAGAACCUAAAACAAUGGGUUCAGUCAAUGAAGAAUUCAUGUCAUUUUUCCAUCAACAAAACUAUGGGAACGCAAUGCUGUUCAAUAUGACUGUUGACUCAGGUAUUGCCAUAAAAGGGCUGUAUCUGCAACUGUUUUUCCUCCCUAUCCUACUCUCCCACACCUUUGUCUUAAGAUAGCCUUAGAACUUCAAAUGGGGUACAUUCUUCUAGUAUAUUUGGCCUUAAGUACGAAAUUAUGCACUAGAAUCCACAACUUGCGAAAAAGCUUGAUUCCCAUAGACACCUUGAAACCAUGCCAUGCCCCAUUGUCAUAUAUCUACCUCCUAUGAAUGUAAGUGUCCUAAAGAUGCAGUCACUCGAUGAAUGUAUUUGUUCUGUUAUUAUUACAUAGACAUUCAUCCUCAAAUUCUUAUCGAUUUACUUUUUUUUUGAAAGCCCAAAAUGUCCUGUCUUUACUUAUUUUCACAGUAAACACAAUUUUCAGGGUGCCGUUUUUUAACCCGUCAUUGGGGAUCUUUUUUGUUUCUUUAAAUGUUGAUGUAAGCCACGGAGGAGCAAAGUGACCAAAGUUUCUCUUCGCAAAGUCAGCCCUGCACAGUCCUGUGAACUCAAACCUUCUUGCCUGUCAUUUAGAUUUUCAGUCUCUCUCUUUGUUUUCUUUUACCACAUGCCAAAACUGAAUUUGCUGUCAUUCCAAUCAUGGAGAUGUCUUUUUGUUGCUGGUUUAUUUGUUCGGAUCCACUGCUAAGCUCCUCGUUCUUGUUGUCGUAAAGUGUAAGUGAGCUUUGAUUUCCAUUUUACUUUGUUAACCAUUAUGAUUACAAACACAAGCUAUGCUGUAAACCCUGUUAGGAAAUAAUGUGAAUACGUAUUACUUGAUGUAGUUCACUUUGGCUUGACUGUAAAUUGCAUUAAUUAAUAAAAAGGUUUGAAGAAA